ACCGGACAGCGAUCAUGGCACCUCGCAAUCGCGCGCGCGCUCUCCGUCCAGCUUCGUCAUUCACUUCCUUUCGAACAGCAAACAAGGUCCGCGAGACGACAUCGUCAUUUCUACACCCACACAUUACUCGCCGCCAACAUGGCCAUGAUUCUCAAUACCAGUGCCUUCUAGACGCACCGCGUCUAGUAUUCAGUCUCGCGACCACCCGGCUUCCGAUUGAGGGAAGUGUUAUCAGGCACCUAUUCGACUUACGAUUCUCACAACAUUACGAGGUCUGCCUACAGAUCCGGGAAGAGUGCGUCGCGCGAAAACGUAUCUGUGUCCGUACGCAGAGCACGAGCACGAUCUACCGGGGCUGGAUGCCGUGGAACAAAUAGUCAUUUGAAAAGAGUCGCUGAAGAGCCACAAUCAGCAAACAUGAAGUACAUUCCGCUCCGUGACAUUGACACGGUUACGAACGCCCUCAACUUUUCGACGCAGGAUUGUCACAUCAUUGGGUCUUGUGACAUCUACACCACCAAGGCUGCAGGAGGAGACAAGAAGUUGUACAGGAACAUUGAAAACAGCCUCGAAUCGCAACAUGAGGCUCUGCGGCGUCUCUCUGCGUCGCUGAGUCCCGUCAGCCCCUCCUUGAGAGCCAUGGGUGAUAAUGUAGGCUCCGACGGACACUCAAGUAGCUUUCCGAAGUCGCCUCCGCUGUUCGAUGACCAAGAGAUCGAUCUUUCUCGUGCGUCUCCAUUCGGAAAUCUCGGCCAAGUCACCGCGCGCCGAACCUUCGCAUACCUGAUAGCCACGCUCAAUGCUUCGCAUCCCGACUAUGACUUUUCACAUAUCCUUCGACCUUCCGACUUCCGUAAGGAGCGGAGUCUUAGAGCGAUUAUGAAUAACAUUGACAACACAUUGCAAAACCUACGACCCAAGCAGACUGCUGCAAUGAAUUACUUGUCACCGCCAACACUAUCCAAUUCGGCGCCUGCGGGUCUAGGCACAAAUACUGAAAUCUGGUCUCAAAACAUGUGGAAGCUCAUCGACAAGGAAAUGGGCCUUCGCCAUUGCGAGAAAUAUACCUAUGUUCCUGACGACGAUCCUUUCGACGGUGAAGAAGGCGCGAUCUGGAGCAUGCACUAUUUCUUCUUCAGCAAGGAGAAGAAGCGCGUAUGUUAUAUCUACCUGCGCGGCUUCAGUGUCAUCUCGCACAGUCCAGUGACUGCGCCAAAAUUCUCGCAACGAUCGAAGGCAAUGCAGCGCAGCGCUUCGAGCCUAUCCCUUGGCGAAGGCGCCGGAAAGCGAGCGUCAUUUUGGCUGAGCGACGACAUGCUGUCGAAGAACAUCGAUAACGCCGCCCACGACGAUGAUGAUGACGAAGUGAUGAUAACGUCUGCGCGUGGCGACGACGAAGUCGAAGUGCCCUUCAUGGAUCUGGAGGAUAUCCGAAGCGAUCUCAUGUACGGCAGAACCAAUUAUGCAUUUGAUGACGAGGAUGGAGAAGACGACUUCUACACUCGCUCUCCACAGACCGUGGCAAGCAUCUCAGAGGAGAUCGGCGAGACGAUGGAGAUGGAUUACUGAUAACCCUUUGAUUUUCUUUUUCGGCGUCGGCGUUCGUGCACACUUCUAUUUUGUCCUUGGCCAUAUACCAACAUUGGCUUCGGGCUUUGGGACCGGCCUCUAG